ACGGUGGUGCCCACAUCGAUCUUAGCCCACCACUAAUCGUCGGCGAACUUGAGUUUGGUGUUUUCAUUUAUCCGCGGAAUUUCGCACUAAUUAGUAAAGGCUUCAGGAGCACCGAGAAAACACCACAAUGGCACAACCCCAACCACCGGCGUACGAAAACAAAAACAUCUACGCAACUCUGCCGCGCACCCAACGCGGCCAACCCAUCGUUUUGGGUGCCGAUCCCAAGGGCAAGAACUUCCUGUACACCAAUGGAAACUCUGUGAUCAUCAGGAACAUCGAGAAUCCAGCCAUUGCCGAUGUCUACACGGAGCACUCGUGUGCAGUGAACGUGGCCAAGUACUCGCCCAGCGGAUUCUAUAUUGCAUCUGGCGACGCCUCCGGCAAGAUUCGCAUUUGGGACACGGUCAACAAAGAGCACCUGCUUAAGAAUGAGUUCCAGCCUAUUGCAGGACCCAUCAAGGAUAUUAGCUGGUCGCCAGACAAUCAGCGCAUCGUGGCCGUGGGCGAGGGACGCGAACGUUUCGGUCAUGUCUUUAUGUCUGAAACCGGCACGUCUGUGGGCGAGAUCAGCGGACAGUCUAAGUCUAUUAACUCGGCGGACUUCCGGCCAGCCAGGCCAUUCCGCAUUGUUACGGGCAGCGAAGACAAUACUAUCGCCGUGUUCGAGGGACCCCCGUUCAAGUUCAAGAUGACCAAGCAGGAUCACUCUCGCUUCGUCCAGGCUGUGCGCUACUCGCCCGAUGGCAAAUUCUUCGCCUCUGCCGGCUUUGAUGGCAAAGUCUUCCUGUACGAUGGUACCAGCUCUGAACUGGUGGGUGAAUUUGGCUCUCCUGCCCACAAGGGCGGCGUUUACGCAUUGGCCUGGAAACCAGACAGCACCCAACUGCUGACCUGCUCCGGCGACAAGACCUGCCGCCUUUGGACAGUGGAGUCGCGCGAGCUGGUUAGCGAGUUUGUGAUGGGCACCACUGUGGACGACCAGCAGGUGUCCUGCCUGUGGCAAGGAGACAACCUAAUCACCGUCUCGCUUUCGGGCGUGAUCACCUACCUCAAUGUGGCGGAUCCCUCGAAACCGCUGCGUGUGGUGAAGGGCCACAACAAGCCCAUCACCGUGCUGGGACUGAGCGAUGACCGCAGCACCAUCUAUACGGGUAGCCACGAUGGCGUGGUGACCAACUGGAACUCGGGAAGCGGCACCAACGAUCGCAUCACGGGCACUGGACACGGAAACCAGAUCAACGGCAUUGCCGCCUGGGGUGACUUUGUCUAUACCUGUGGCAUCGACGACAGCCUUCGCCAGUUCAGCGUGGAGGGCAACUCCUACACGGACUAUGUGGUGAAGCUUAACUGCCAGCCUCGUGGCUUGGCCAUUUUGCGUAACGAGAACAUCAUUGCACUGGCCUGCAUCAAGGAGUUGACUCUUGUGCAGGACCAGAAGAAGAUCUUUUCGCUGCCCAUCAAGUACGAGGCCAGCUCGAUUGCCGUUAAUGCGGACACUUCCGAUGUGGCUGUCGGCGGUGAUGACCAAAAGUUGCACAUCUACACCCUGAAGGGCGGAGUAUUGGAGCCCAAGGUGGAGCUGGAUCACUUGGGAGCUGUCACGGAUGUUUCUUACUCGCCGGACUUGAAGUAUUUGGUGGCUUGCGAUGCCCAUCGCAAGGUGGUGCUCUACUCAGUGGAGGAGUACAAGCCUGCACACAACAAGGAGUGGGGCUUCCACAGCGCUCGUGUAAAUACGGUCGCCUGGUCGCCCAACUCGCUGCUGGUGGCUAGUGGAUCGUUGGACACUACUAUCAUUAUCUGGUCCGUGGCCAAUCCGGCCAAACAUACUAUCAUCAAGAAUGCCCAUCCGCAGUCGCAAAUCACUCGGUUGGUCUGGCUGGACAACAACACUGUGAUCUCCACCGGACAGGACUGCAACACCAAGGUGUGGCACGUGGAAAGCAUUUAAAUGCACCGGCCGUGAAGAAUAUUUUUAUACUUAUCCAGGGAGAGCAGCCAGCAGCGCCCUGGCUUCAUUUCAUUUAAGUGCAACAGUUUACAUUUAGCUAUUUAUGUCUAUCCCCAACCUCCCCGCACACCUCAUGUCAUGUCUUUAAUUUUAAGCCAAAAGUGUUUGCUAAUCAUCAUAUCAUGGAUAUUCAACUAGUUUGCCCCACUAUCAUUUUCGUAUGUGUUUUUUAAACAAUUUUUAUACUACUGAAACUACGAACUACGAAAGGAAACACAAAGAUAUGUAAAGUACGCCAGCGUACAUAAAUUAUUGUAUUAUGAAAUGAAAUAUACUAGUUUUUGCAUA